GCUAACCGUACCGUUCGUUUGGCGGAAGCCGAGAGGAGGCUAUAUCCGCAUCCGGCGAGAGCUGAGCUCUCGGUUCGUAUUUCCAGCUCGCAAUCCAUGGAUCGACCUCACCCGAUGACAUCGAGCCGAGAACAAUUAAACCCAACAAUCCCUAUUAUGCUCAGGCCUAUACAACACGAAAAUGUAUAUAAAGCAGCUGAAAGCUAUGCUCAAGAUGUAUACAACAAAAUCAUCAGAAGCUUUAAUCUCAAUCAGCAUCCUCAAAUAGAUACACUUUGCGCCUUUUUAUCCACGCGAUACUUCCAAAAUGCGGUUUAUUCCACUUGCCUUGGGCCUAAUGGCCACCUCCAGCGUCAUUGCUGGUCCUACCAACGUUCAGUCUGUGACCGUCCAGCUCAGCAACGAGCAGUCUGGCGCCAACGCCAACGUUGAUAUUCCCACCGACGGCAACCCACGCUCCAUCCAGGCCCUCUGGGGCCAUACCUCUGUGGUUGUCAACGGCGUCGUUAGUGCCUCGAGCGCCCAGUUCAAUAGGUUCCAGCAGACGAGCGUCUGCCACAUUUUUCAGCACCCCAAUGUGAAUGCCGAGCUCAAUGCACGGCAAACCUGGGUCAAGCUUGAUCAGGGCAAGGUGGUCGAGCUUGAUCACGGGUUCAUUGUCUGCCGGGAUUAAUAUUAAUCUUCAUGGCGAGUGAAUAUUG